UGGGAGGAUAUAUUAGUCAUUUCAAAUUACUGAGAGACCAAAUUUGUAACGAAACUAACGCAAAAUGACCAUAAAGCUAAAAACGUCAAGGUUCGAACUAAAUUUUAUGAAAAAAUGAUACCACAUGGACCAUUCUUGCAAUUUUGUCUAAAAUUUACCGGUCUCCGACUAUUGCAGUUAAACCGGAAUUCAAUAUUCAUCUUCACCAAAAGACACAAUCGAAAUUUGCAAACCACCCAAUGAAUUAAUUCUCUCCGAAUAUCUUCACCAAAUCUUCAAGCAAACAAGGGUUUCCGGAUUUUCUGUUUCUAACAUCUGAUUCAUAUUUUAGCAGCUCAGCUUCAGCAUUCAACUGUUUGAGAUCAACCAUUUGUUUGUUCUUUUGAAUCAAUUCAAUUACUCGGUACAGAAGUUUCUUUUUGAUUUAGCAUUAGGGCUUCCAGAUCAAUUUCUCCCUAAUCAUCGCGAAGAUUAAUUAUUUCUUAGUUUUUCGCGAUAUCGCAUUCCAAAAUCCCUAAAUACAUCCGGGAUUCUGUGAGUUCAUUUUUUUUUUCUUUUGAAUGUUGGGUUUUGAUCGGAACUAAAAAUCCCAAAUCGGGUGCCAACUAGAUCCAAAUUCGUGAAAUUAGGGUUUAUUCGGUUGGUGAUUUGAAACCAAUCUGAAUGUUGUUUGAUUUUCGUGAGGCUACAAAGGCGUUCUUGUUUAAUUCCGAGGUUAUAUGCCAAUGUUGGUGUGAUUUUAUGCACACAACAUUGGAUGAAAUGGAGAAAGGUGUAUCGUGGAAUGAAAAGAUAGAUUAAGAAACCGAUGGGCGCUAUAAGGGUCCAUUUUGGUAUACUUCUCGCUAUUCUUUCCAUUUUCGAGUUUUCCGAAGGAAAUCACAGAGCUUCGGAGACAGCUUCCUGUAAUGGUGGCGAUUGGAGUUCUCAAAAUCUAGAUGAAAACACCGCAGAGCAAGUGUGGAUAUAUUGUAGGAAAGAGCUUGGAGUUGGAGAAAUCACCAAAACUAUCAACAAAUUCAACCCAAAUCAUGAAGAUAUUGAUACGCCAUCAAGAAAAACACUUAUGCAUAAUGCUCGAAAAGAGUUAUUAUCUCCGGUCAAACAUGAAUCUCUGGUCAAACAUGUAAUCCGAGUUGACUCAGUACCCAAAAACAAGCCUCCGGAUCAUGUGUUGCUACUCGGGAUUAUUGUUUCAACUGCUAUAGCGACACUUGCUCUUUUUGUUUUAAUGGUUUUUUGUUGCCUAGGUGGCAUUCACCCAAGAGCUAGAUCUCAAUGUGCACAACAGGACAAAAAACCGAAACCCGUUGUCAAUAUAUCCCCCGAGGGCAUUUCAGGUUCUUCACAAGCACCACAAGCUGUUGUAGGAAAUAAAGAUUUAAUUAAUUCUUUUAGCACCAACAAUUUAUCGGCAAAUGUUUCUUCUCAAACACUAGAACUUGGAAAAUUACCACUUCCGCCAGGAAGAAGCGCUCCUCCACCACCACUACCAGCAGCUCCACCACCGCUACCGCCGCCAGCGCCUCCACCGCCAAUGCCACCGGCCCCAAAAGCACCACCGCCACCGCCACCCCGAAAUGGUCCCCUCCCGCCUGCUCCACCAAAACCAGGUGCUAUGAAAAAGCCACCUGGCCCACCUCUGCCUAAAAGAGGGCAUCUCGCUUCUGGAGAUGAAAAGGGUAUUUCUGGAAAUUCAAGUGGUAACAAAACAAAGUUGAAGCCGUUUUUCUGGGACAAAGUGAAUUAUGCUCCCAAUCGAUCCAUGGUUUGGCGUGAACUUAAUGCAGGAUCAUUUCAAUUCAACGAAGAGAUGAUGCAAAGUCUGUUUGGUUAUUCUUCUACAAACCAAAACAAGGGCGAAACUGUAAAAUCCGCAUCAACUCAACCAAAAUUGAUCCAAAUUAUCGAUCCCAAAAAAGCACAAAAUUUGUCGAUUGUUCUAAAAGCAUUAAGCGCGACAAUAGAAGAUGUCUGUAAAGCUGUCACAGAAGGUAGCAUGCUUCGUGUAGAGUUAAUUACAAGUUUAAUAAAAAUGCCACCAACACAAGAAGAAGAGCUAAAGCUUCGAUUAUAUCAAGGUGACCUGGCACUUAUUACUCCAGCUGAUCGAUUCCUUAAAAUUUUGGUUGAAGUCCCUUUUGUGUAUAAACGUCUUGAAGCUUUGUUGUUUAUGAGUUCUCUUCAUGAAGAAUCUUCUCCACUUAAAACUGCGUUUCUCACUUUAGAGGUAGCUUGCACAAAGCUAAAAAACAGUAGGCUCUUCCUAAAACUUCUUGAAGCUGUUUUAAAAACGGGUAACCGUAUGAAUGUUGGGACAUAUCGUGGUGGGGCCCAAGCAAUCAAACUUGAUUCCCUUUUAAAACUUUCGGAUGUCAAGGGGACAGAUGGAAAAACCACAUUAUUAACAUUUGUAGUUCAAGAAAUCAUCCAAUCCGAAGGAAUAAAAUCCGCGCGUUCUUCACACAUUAAAACAAAUGAUCAAAGCGAUGAAUAUUAUCGAAAACUUGGUCUCGAGGUUGUUUCUAAAUUAAGUAAUGAGCUUUCGGAUGUGAAAAAAGCAGCAAUUAUUGAUGGUGAUCACAUUACAUCAACGGUUUUAAAAUUAGAAAACAUGUUGAAAAAAACAAGAGAUUUGAUCGAUGAUGAGUUGAGUAAAACGGAAGGUGCUAUGGAGUUUUGUGAGACUUUUAAUGGUUUUAUGGAGCAUGCGGAAAGUGAGAUUGUGUGGAUGUUAGAAGAGGAGAAGAGGAUAAUGAUGAUGGUGAAGAGCACGGGGGAUUUUUUCCAUGGGAACUCGGCGAAAGAUGAAGGGUUGAGAUUGUUUGUUAUUGUUAGGGAUUUUUUGAAAUUGUUGGAUAUAGUGUGUGUUGACAUUAAGAAAAAUAAUGAGAAGAAUAGUAAAAAGAAAAAUAUCCCCUUGGGAAAAAGGGUACCCCCGGGCCCACAGAGUCGACAACUGUCGUGGUCGAGUGUCCGGGAUAAAUUGUUUCCGGCUAUGAAAGAUAAAAAGAUGGAUUCUUCGAGUUCGGAUGAUGAUGAUGAUGACAUGUCUCCUUAAUGAGCUUAAUAGGAGUUUAAUCUGACAACAUAUAACGCGAAAAGGCUUGCUUCUACUUCAUUAAGAAGUUAUGAAGAUUAUACGAGUUGAUAAAAUUAUGGAAAUGAUGAAAGACAUGAGAUUGAACAAGCUUUCUAUGGUUAUUUGAUGACAAGGAUGAGGGAAUUUAUGUCUUUUACACAAACGAGAGAUCGAAAUCGAGUCACUCACUCGCAUUUUGUUCCAUGUUUUUUGCGUGUGAAAAAAAUUGCAUUUUUUGUACAAUCGAAACUUACUUUCAGUUUGGUGAAUGCCACCUAUACUAUAAAGGCAUUUGUUUCGUUACGUCCUACAUAACAAAACAUGGGCUACAUAUUGAAGAAGACGAGGAAAAAAAAUAAUGUUUGAGGUAAAUUAGUUUAUUUUUAUGUAUAACAUGUAAAUUUAAUUGUCAUUGUGCUAGUCUUAGGGUCUAAAUAUUCUUAUUUGUAACAAAUCCAACCUCUUUGUAUUUGUUUAAUGAUAAUUUUUGAUCUUUUAUGCUUA